ACAAAACUAAACCGACUCUCUUUUUCUUUCUGUCUUUCUCUAUCGGAAUCGCAGAAAUCAAUGGCAUCACGCGACAAGAAGCCUUCGAAGCCCUCGAGCAGUCGAGCCGGCGGUAUACGCACGCUCUCCGAUCUGAACCGGCCGUCCGCCGAUUCGGACAGCGACUCCGAUAGCCCCCAAGAGUACUACACUGGUGGCGAGAAGAGUGGAAUGCUCGUCCAAGAUCCUAAUAAGGCAAAUGAUGUGGAUGCGAUAUUUAAUCAAGCAAGGCAACUGGGUGCAGUUGAAGGGCCUAUUGAACAACUUGGUCCCUCUUCAAGCUCAAGCAGCUUUACAGGAACUGGUAGAUUACUUUCUGGGGAAACUGUACAAGCUGCUCCUCAGCAGCCUGAGAGUGUUGUUCACAACAUUGUUUUCUGGAGUAAUGGUUUCACUGUAAAUGACGGCCAGUUGAGGAGGUUGGACGAUCCUGAAAAUGCGGCUUUCUUAGAGAGUAUCAGAAAGUCCGAGUGCCCAAAAGAGCUUGAACCUGCAGAUAGGAGGUCCUCAGUUCAUGUCAAUCUGAUAAGGAGAAAUGAGAACUGCCCUGAACCAGAGAAGCGCCAUGUUCCAUUUCAGGGUGUGGGAAGAACGCUAGGUAGCAGCUCUACUCCAGUGGCAGCCGAGCCAACUGUUGUUUCCACUUCUCUCAACUCUGCUCCAACAGCUUCCAUGGGCCUGGUUGUGGAUGAAACAUUACCAUCAACCUCCAUUCAGCUUAGAUUGGCUGAUGGGACCCGCCUGAUAGCACAUUUUAAUUACCACCAUACUAUCAAUGACAUUCGCUCCUUCAUUGAUGCAUCUAGGCCUGGUGGUGCAAGAAAUUAUCAUCUUCAGAUGAUGGGGUUCCCUCCCAAGCUUCUUAGUGAUGCAGCUCAAACGAUUGAGCAGUCAGGUCUUGCCAAUUCAGUUGUUAUGCAGAAAUUCUAGCUAGCUGCGCCCAGAACUUUGCACUCUGGACAUGACAUAAUUGGUACUGUACUGAAGAAGUAAACCAGUUCUAUCUACUUAAGACCCAGAAUGUGUUUUCAGAAGUGGAUAAAUGAUGUGAAAUAAUUUUUUUAAGGCUGUGUUUUUUGUUGACAAUUAAAGAUCAAAUUCUUAU